ACUUGCGCAUUAUGUUUGUGUGAGUGUUGAGUGUUAAACACAUUUUAAAAAGCGCGUAAAUUUUUUUUGUUCAAGCGAAUUUUUUUUUUCUUCACGCGAAUUUUGUGUUUUUGCUCAAGUUCUUUUUCCCAACCAAAAAAAAAAAUCAAUCAAUUGAUUGAUUGAUUUCAUCUUUUUCCAUUUGUGUAUUUAUAGAAUCUAAAUCUUGAAUGGAUUAUGGCUAUUAACAAUAAUAACAUCAAAAACGACCACAACAGCAAAUCGAAUAAUAUGAUUUGUGAUGAUGAUGAUCAUCAACAAAGUGGUGUUGAUGAUAAUGUUGUACAUCAUAAUGAUAAUGAUGAUGGUGAUGAUGAUUAUAAUGGAAAUGUAUUUCAUCUUAUAUCGAAUACUCAUCGACAACAAAAUGUAUCAUUUACUCAGGAAUUGAUUCGUUAUAAUAUUUCAACUGUUAACGAUCAUAAAAUAUUGGAAAAUUAUCAUAAUGAAAUGAUUGAUUUGAAUUGUGAAAUUUUGGGAACAUUAAAAUUAAUGAUCAAUAUGCUUGAAAUACCGAAAAAGGUUUUGAAAAUUAAUCCAAAUCUUUCAACACCGGUUUUUGAUUCACCACAAAAAUCGAUUGGUGGUAAUAAACGUAAAUAUCAACAAACACCAUCAAGUACAAAUGUUCGAAAAAUUAAAGAACAAAAAUCAUCGAAUCGAAAACGUAUAAAAAAUUUACGUACAUCAACAAAAAUGAAAAAACUUGUAUCCAGUAAUAAUAAAGAAAAUGAUCAAAAUAUUGCAAAUACUAAUCAAACAAUACUGAUUGAAAAGAAACAACAAGAUGAACAAACAUCAUUAAUUUCAAAGCAAUGUUCAAUUGAAACAACAAUCAAAGAAGAAGAAGAUAAUACUGUCAAAAAGAAUAAUUCACCAAUAUUUAAACGAACACGUGCUCAAGUGAAACGUGAAAUGGAACAACAACAACAACAACAAAGCAAAAUGUCGACUACAACUAACAAAACAAUGACAACCAAUAAUAAUAUUUCGACAACUAAAGCAAAAUCAAAAAUAAAUUCAUCGAUUUCACGUAAAAAUGCUGGUAAUAAAGAUAAAGAUAUUGUCAACAAUAGUAUCAGCAACAACAAACAGAAUAAAGCAAAACAAAAUCAGCAGAAUAUUUCAAAAUUAACAACACCAACCGGAAAACGUACAGCUAAAAUGACAACAACAACAAACAACAAUAGCAAUGCUAAAAAACAACAACAACAACAAAAUGAUUCGAUUAAAAAACAACAAAAACCUGUUGCUGCUGCUGCAUUAGAAACACCUAGUGCAAAAAAUAUCAAUUUACGAAAAGCAGUUGGUUGUGGACAAUGUUCAUAUGAUAUAUUGGCAACACCACCGGUAUCGAAACAACGGCCGGAAGAGAUUCGUGUACGAUCAGCACAAAAAUUAGAAAAAGCAGCUGAAAAUCGUAAAAUGUUAUUAGAACAAAGGCAACAACAAUUAAGACAACGAUCAAUGGAUAGUAAAAAUCGUUUAAAAGCUAAUCAACAAAAACAAGAACAACAACUAUGUAAUACAAAUUUAACACCAUCGAAACAAACCGGAAAAAAAUUGGGAGCAUUUUUAUUGAUAACUGGAGCUAAUAAUAAUAGUAAUAUUGUUGGACAAUGUCUUACACCGAUUCGUAAAUUGAAUGCAAAAAUGAUAACAUUAAAUAAUAAUUCAUCAUCGGCAAAAAAAUCUACAACCAAAUCAUCAAUACCUAUUAAUAAUAAUAAUGCAAGUUUGAAGAAAACAAUUAUUACAAACGCAAUUGGACAAAUGAAAAAAUUGGCUAAUAAUGAAAGAAAUGUUGAACGUAAUCCUUUUGUUAAUGAUAAAACUACCAAUAAUAAUAAUAAUAAUAAUAAUAAUGGUAUGAAAAAUGUUACAACAACAACAGUAAAUAUUUCACCGAUAAAAUCGAUAAAUAAUUUCAAUGAUGAUGGUAGUGAUGAUAAAUUUGUUGAUGUAACACAAAUUAUAAUUAAUUCAACAAAUAAUCAAUCUUUGAUUCCGAUUGAAACACAACCAUCAUCAUCAAUGAUGAAUUAUACGGAAAUGAUGAAUAAACUACCACCACCAUCAUCAUCAACAUUAAAUAAAACAAUAUUGAAAAUAAUUGAACAAGAUAAAAGAAUGACACCACAAAAACCAACAUUUAUGUCAACAACAAUGAUGAUGACAAAUGUAACCAAUAAUAAUAAUAAUAAUAAUCAAACACAUCAAUAUCCAAUGACACCACCACCAAAAUUAGAAGAAUCAUUAAUAUCAACAUAUGAUAUAUCAAAAUAUAUUGAUUCAGAAGAUGAAGAAGAACAGGAAAAAAUAAUGGAACAACGUAAAGAUAAACGUAUACCUAAAUGGGCAGCUGGUCGUUCAUUAUUGAUAGAUUUACGACAACAAUAUUGUCAAAAUGGUAAACAAUUGGAUGAACAAGCUAAUCGUUUAUAUUCAUAUAGUUUACAAGAAAAUAAUAAUGUUCAAAUCGAUUUGGAUGUAAUCGGUUUACCCGUUAUACCACGUUAUCGUAAUCGUACUAGUUCAAUUAUAUGGACAAAACCACCAAUAUCACCAAUUAUAUCGAAUACAAAUUAUAAUAAUUCUUAUGCUAAUCUUAUGUCGGAAGAAGAAGAAUAUUAACAACAACAACAACAAAAUUAUUUUUAACCAAAUCAAAUGAUAAUCGUGGUAAUAAUUGAACAAUUAUACCGGAUGCAAUUGUUUUAUUAUGUUCACGAAUAGUAAAUUUUUGUCCUAAUUUUAAUGGCAUACCAU